AGAGGGAAACCAUCUUCCAAAAAUCAGUUCUUGGAAGGUCUACAUUGCUGUCACACAAAGCAUUGAUAAUUGAGCAACACAUGCUAUUUAACAUUUCUGCCUUUAUCUUGCAUAUUUUUUAAGCAAGGCUGUUUCCUUUGUUUGGUUUUUUUUGAUAAUAUAAGAAAUUUCUGCACCAAUGGCAACAAUGGAAGCUGAAGGGAAAACAGAACCAUCCUCCUUGGCCAUCGAAGAAGGCCGAAAAGAGGGGGAUCGAAAUCUUGAUUUUGUCCUUCCCUCUGCUCAUACAAUUGGUCAUGAUUCAUGGCAACAAGUUGGAUUAAUGCUGGUGACAAGCUUCAAUUGUGGCUAUAUAUUGAGUUUUUCAAAUCUUAUAUUAGUGCCUUUGGGUUGGACAUGGGGUAUUAUAUGCUUGCUUGUUGUUGGGUUCUAUAUUGCCUAUGGUAACUGGUUAUUGGCAGCAUUUCAUUUUGUUGAUGGUCAGAGAUUCAUCAGAUAUAGGGAUAUUAUGGGCUCCCUUUAUGGCAGAGAAAUGUAUUAUAUCACUUGGGCUUUCCAGUUUCUCACCCUUGUUCUUGGAAAUAUGGGCAUGAUUCUCCUUGGGGGAAGAGCACUCAAGGAGAUAAACUCAGUAUUGACUGAAGACCCUUUAAGGCUUCAGUACUACAUUAUCAUCACUGGUGUGGCCUACUUCCUAUUUGCGUUUUUGAUUCCAACCAUGUCUGAUAUGAAAUUUUGCCUGGGACCCUCUACCAUUAUCACCGUUGCAUACGUUGUUAUCCUUCUGGUGUUGACAGGCAGAGAUGUUGGGAAAAGAACAAACAGAGAACGUGACUAUGAGAUCCAUGGAAGCAUGGUGGGAAAGGUGUUCAAUGGGUUUGGGGCAAUUUCAGCCAUUGUUGUCUGCAACACCACUGGUUUGCUGCUAGAAAUACAGUCAACUCUGCGGAAGCCAGUAGUGACAAACAUGAGAAAAGCCCUAAGUCUACAGUAUACUGUGGGACUCAUAUUUUACUAUGGUGUGAGUGUACUAGGAUACUGGGCAUAUGGAUCAACAGUAUCUGAAUACCUUCCUGAAGAGCUAAACACUGCCAAAUGGGUCAAGGUCCUCAUAAAUUCUGCAGUCUUUCUGCAAGCUAUAGUCUCCCAGCAUAUGUUUGUUGCACCAAUCCAUGAGACCCUUGAUACUAACUUUCUCAAACUCGAUGAAAGCAUGAAUUCGAAGGAAAAUUGCAAACGUAGAUUCUUCCUGAGAGCGUUCAUCUUCACAAUUAAUUCAUUUAUGACAGCAGCUUUUCCUUUCAUGGGGGACUUUGUAAACUUGUUUGGAUCAUUUUCACUUAUCCCUCUAACUUUUACAUUCCCAAGCAUGAUUUUCAUCAAGGUAAAGGGAAAGACAGCUAGAACAGAGCAGAAGUUGUGGCAUUGGUUCAACGUUGUUUUUUCUUCACUGCUCACAGUCAUGACCACUAUUUCUGCAGUUCGGUUAAUAGUUCACAAUGUUUGGAAGUAUAAUUUCUUUGCAGAUACGUAAGUGUUAGUAAAUUCUUAUUAGAUUAGAGCCUUUGAUUUGCAUUUCCCAUUUUAGCAAGUUGCAAUAUUGUAAGGUAAGUUUUUUCAGCAACAAAAUCAAGGCUAUAGAAAGACAAGAAUAAUGAUUUUUCUUAAGCCAUAAUCAUUAAUUCUCAUGACCAUCAUAAUUAUCUUACUUACCUAUUCACUUUAUAAUAUUAACUUCUCAGGAAACCAA